AUGGAAGUCUUGGAGCCGGUGCUGCCUGCAAUCCUUAGCUACGUGGAUUUCAGGACGGUUCUGUGUGCGGCUGCAGCUUCGCGAUUCUCGCAGCUUCCUUCGAGGUGUAAUCAGGUGUGGAUCCAAUGCUGCCGCGAGCGCUGGCGUUUUGGGGCCUUGUUCCAAGUCGACUCGCACGCAAACCCUGGGGCCCGCGACGAGGCUUCCAUGCAGCUUUGGCAGAGAUCCGUAGCUGAGUAUCGAGACGGAGUGCAUCACUCCGAUGCCUUCGGCUUCUUCCUGGAGCGAUCCAGAAAGGAUGCAGAGGUCAGAAGAUGGUUGGAAGCAGAAGAUGCCGACAAAGUGGACGAGAUUCUGCGACUGGGCGCUAAUGUUCUCGAUGUCCUCCUCAAGCUCGAAAGAUGCACAGAUGCCAGGCUGAAGGGCGCGGCGCAAAACGCACGCAUCCAGAUCACCGAUGCCUGGGCUGUGGAGCGGUGGACGCAUCUCAUCAAGAUCGAACCCACCAAAGCUGCGACUUUAGAGGAGGGAGCUCUGAUCCUCUCGCAGUGGGGCUACCCUACUGCGGACGUCAGCGGCAUGCGCCUUGUCCUGGAGAAGCUUGCGCAGCGCGCCCAGGAGUUGGGUGCGCGGCGCAGCUCCACCGGACUUCCUUCCGAGGACGAGGCCAAAGCGAUCAUCGCUGCGCUGAAUACCGCACUGUUUGCGGAGUAUGGCCUUCAGGGCAAUGCGGAGAACUACUAUGAUCCAGAGAACUCCAUGCUGCAUGCGGUGCUGGCCAGGAAGAAGGGCAUUCCCAUUUCGCUGUCCGUAGUUUGGGCUGCCGUGGCGCGCCGCUGCGGCCUUGAGUGCCAUCCCCUUGCGGACAUGCCCCGGCAUGUGCUGAUCCGAGUCCCACUCCGGGCCUCCGAUUCUGUGGAGUCUGCAGGACCUGCAGUGAUGCGCGAUUUGUAUAUUGACGCCUUCGACGGCGGGAAGGUGCUCGUGUGGCGCGAACUGGUGAGAUUCCUUUGCGCCAUGCUGGGUGCCAGAGAUGUUGGUGUCGUGGCCCGGCAGCAGAUCCCCGUUGCCUUGAAACUGAAGCCUGAGACGCUGCAGUCUGAUCAGACCGCGGAAAUCACGCCACCCGCGCAGCUGUACUUCCGCAUGAUGCGCAAUCUAGAGAAUAUCUACCAGCAGUCGGGAGACGGAGUCCGAUUAGGCGGCAUACAGAUUCAAAUGCUUCACGUCUGCACUUGGUGCACUUAUGCGAUCGCAAUGCAAUGCGGAGUCGGACCAUCGCGAAAGCUGUAUCAUGCAGGAGGCAUGCAAAUGCCUUUCGGCUGCUAG